ACUAGCGUGUGAGGGUUGGUGAGUUGGUGGCAGUACUCUACUGGUAUGGUAGGGGAAGGAGAGAGCGUAGCUUUUUAGCCAGCUUUAUUAACCAAGUUGUCCGCGGUGUUGCGAAUGUUGGAGGCAUGGGAAGCAGCUGGGCAGCAGUCCGAACCCAAGGGGACUAGAGCCUCACAACCUCUUCUCCUCUGAGACAAGAGCUUAGCUAUAGAUACGUCCAUAGGUUCGUUUGUAGAGAAGGAAAACACGAUCUACAGCAGCAGACUCAACAGCUACGGUAGAAGAAAGAAGUUAACAGAAGAAGGGCUAGAGAGAUAAGGAUCACACAGUGGGUUCAUCGUGCUGUUGAGAAUGGAAACUGGAGUUGGUUUGGGGGACAAAAGGGAAAGAAAGGAGCAUGAAGAGAGUCUGGGCCUUCGCUUUGCUUGUGGUUCGGAUUCCACCUCAUUUGCUCCUCAGAAGCUGAUCCGCACGGAUGGGUUUCCCUUCCUUCCUUCUUGUACCACCAGGGAUGGCAGCAGCGUUCCAACUUCGACUCCGUUCCUCAGCAGCGGCCCCACCUUAUUUUUGAACGAUGCCUACGAUGGUGGAAGAGCUCUGCAGCCUUUUCCCACCGCCUUCAGAUCCCCAGGUGUGGGAAUGGGCGUCGGUGGCGGUGCCUCUGCAGCGGCUCUGAGGGCGUUUCCUUUCACUUCGGCGCAGUGGCAGGAGCUCCAGCGCCAGGCUUUGAUCUACAAACACAUCAUAGCCUCUGUUCCUGUGCCCGCUGACCUCCUCUUCCCCAGCUCUCCUUCCCAUCAUCUCCUCCCAAAUCUGGUGGUGGGUAGAGGUGCUGCUGGUGCGUUUAACUUGAGGUUUUCGAGCAACACGGAUCCGGAGCCAGGGAGGUGCCGGAGGACGGACGGGAAGAAGUGGAGGUGCUCGAGAGAUGCUGCGCCGGACCAGAAGUACUGCGAGCGCCACUUGCACAGGGGUCGCCCUCGUUCAAGAAAGCCUGUGGAAGUUAGCAAGACCAAACCCAUCACCUCCACCGCUCCUCCACCAGCGGCUGUCUCCACCAACUCAUCCACCAUCGUCACCACCACCGCCGCCACCACAAGCAUUUCCAAGCCAUUUCCAUCUCAAUCCUCUGGCUUUUUCCCCAAGGAUGAGUUGAAGUUUCCAUUCCAACCCUUGGAACCAAACAAGGAACCCAGGUGCCUGGAUUGGAUUAAAGGGAAUAAUGAAGAGAUGGAAUCAAACUUGCAGUGGGAGUUGAUGCAUUCUAAGACUGGGUUGAGUAGUAGUAGUACUCCUAUUCUCCAGAACUAUGACGACCAACUGAACUCCAACUACACUGCCUUUCUUAAUCCUGAUCUCUGCUCGCUGGAAGAAGACACCAUGGGCGACCACAGGGAGACACCCAGGAGCUUCAUUGAUGCCUGGUCCACCGAGAACCCGGCUGCCACCACCAAGACUGGUAACUUAACCUCUGUUCCCACCGGCGGUGAGCUUCCACUCUCGACCCUCACUCUCUCUAUGUCCGGCGUUGAGGAAGGUGGUGAUCAUCAAAUCCAAAUGGGCCUCGGCGUUGGCGAUACGCUUGUUAAGACUUACCCCUCGGGCUGGAUAGCUUCUGCUUCGCCCGGCGGUCCGCUUGGUGAGGUCCUUCGGACGAGCAACGCGACAUCUCCACGGCAAGGGUUCGGCGCCGAUGACGGCAGGGAUUCCGGUAGUCGCAGGCUUAUCAACCCUCUGAGCGAUGGUUUUCGUGGCAGUCACGAGGCGAGCCCCCAAGAGAGUCCGACGAGGUUGGCUUCCUCUCCUUCUGGUGUCCUUCAGAAGGCAAUGGUUUCUCUUUCUGAUAGCAGUAGUAGCAGUAGUCCUACUUUUGCCGCGGCCUCCCGAUCCCAGAUUGCUCUCCAGUGGAUGAACCAGACCAAGCAGUAGAGUUUUGUAUUGAGACUAGGGAAAUCGAAGUGUUUUUGGAAGAAAGAUCAAAGUGUUGGGUUUCUUUUUCAUGUCUUGCAGUUUUGCUCGUUUCUUGUUUAUCUCAUGUUCUUGUUGUCGGGUUAACAUGUUCUUGUUGCUCUUGUGUUGUGUUGGAGUGGAACAUGGCAGAAGACUGGUCUUUUGUUUGUCUACCGACUUCCUCUUUGGGAACCAAAUCGAAGAACAACUCAUGAUCGGUUUUA